AUGUCUGAUGGGAAUGAUGAUAAUCCGGUGCAAACAAGCACCGAACAAAUGAAAGAGAUAAUUGCCGAAAAGGUAGGGAAGGCAAUUGAAGGAAGUCUAUCCGGGUUUAUAGACAAGAUACAAAGCACGGUGUUGUCGGUUGUAGAAGAGCGAGUCAAAAGGUUGGAAGAUAAUGUCAACCUUAUAAAAGAAAAGUCGGGAGAACGCAAAGGGUGUUCGUACCAGGAAUUCAUGGCGUGUAAACCGCCAAUCUAUAACGGGGAGGUUGACCCGAUAAUCUGUCAAAGAUGGAUAAGUGAUGUCGAAGGAGUGUUUGAACGAACCCACUGUGACGUAGGUGACUUUGUUUCUUACGGAACGGGUCAAUUGAGAAAUCAAGCCAAAGAUUGGUGGGACAAUAAAAAGAAGGAAAUGGGAGCUGAGGCGGCGAGGGUUAUGACUUGGGACGAGUUUAAGGUACCAUUCCUUAAACACCACAGUCCCAAAGCGGUUAUUAACAGGAUCAAGGAAGAAUUCAUCCAGCUAAGACAAAAGGGUGAAACAAUUGAUAAGAUCACGGGCAUCUUCAUGGAUAAGCUAAGAUUUUGUGACGAGUUAGUCACCACUGAAGAGUAA